AACUUGAUACUUGAAGCUAACGGUAUUCUGUUAUCAUCCGUCGAAAAUACAGUAUAUUUACUGCUAACGUCAACAAAAAUGGCGCUUCUAUAUACGAGACUUCUCUGCCGACGUAAUGUUGAUUUUCGACAUUUUCGAAACAUAUACACCUGUAGCUCUCUCAGCACCACGGUGUCGAAACCAUUGCUUUCACACACAACAUGUGAGUCCUAUGAUGAAAAAAAUAUGCGUCUGAAGAGACCAUUAUCACCACAUUUGACCAUCUAUGAAUAUCAGUUAACAGCGGUGCUCUCAAUAACACAUCGCACUACUGGUAUUAUAUUAGCCAGUUAUGCGAUGUUCCUUGGGUUAGGCACAUUGUUUAUACCAGGUGGUAUCCCCUGUUUCAUAGAAACUAUGAAUAAUUUAUGUUUACCCAUGCCUGUAUUAUUUGCUGGCAAAACCCUACUUGCUCUGCCUGCUACUUUUCAUAUAUUUGCUGGAAUGCGUCAUCUUACUUGGGAUUCUGGAAUGUUUCUAUCAAUUAAGGAAGUGUAUCUCACUGGAUAUGCCGUAACUGCAUUAUCAGUGAUUUCCGCACUUGUUCUUGCGACAAUGUAAAUGCAUUAUACAUCCAUCAGGAAAUGAUUCUUCUUUCAAAUUAGUUGUAUUAUCAGAUUAUAUUAUGUUUACAUUGAUAUUGUCUUAUGUACUGAAUUAUUGUAUUGAUUACAGAAUAAAAUAAUUUAUUAAAAUUAA